CAAUGAAAUGGCAUUGAAUUCAUUCUUUUACUCUAGGCCUACUUGAUCGGUUGUGUAAAUCCUCGUGUGUCUGAGCAAAGAGAAUACAAUUAUUUAUUCUUUUUGGUUCUGUGGUGUGGAUAUUCCACUGUGUUAUCGCUGGCGGAACAGAUAAUAAAAGUAAUUUAGUGAUUUUGCUCGCGUCAUUGUUUUCGGUGUUAACAAAGAAAUAUUUGCGAUAGAAUUCACCAAAAAAUAGUUCUGGUGAAGUGAAUUGAAUAGGUUCACUGAAAUUGUGUGGCUUUUGAUACGACAAGAAAUAGAAUAAAAAUUUUGGUGCUGUCUCAAUUGAACAAAGUGUUGAAAUGGAUAACUGAAAUUGUGUGUGACAAAAGUGAAAAACCAAAAUCGAAAUUAUUUUUGUUUUUAUUUCUUUUAAUCACGCUUCAAUCUGGGUAGCCCGUUUCUCCAGUCAUCGGGCUCUGAUAGCCCCAAGCUGAGUGGAAUCAUAGCACCACAUCACUUGGCAUCCAAUUAUUCGAGUGCCCAGCUCGACGUCAAUAAUCUAUCGCCAUCGGGAAACGGUUUUAAUCUGGCGGCAUUUCGGAGUCCGGGAUUUUUGGGAGCGCAUGGAUUUGCGUUUGGCGGCAAUUUCGGAUAUAGGGAACACAGUCCGGGCACAUUUGAUGGCAAUAAUCAAACGGCAUUGACCGGACAGAAUUCUUCACAAAAUUUCAAUAACAAUAGCAGUAGUCCCAUAAACAAUCCGUACAACGAUCGGAACAGUCCCAAUCGUGAUGGAUUCUUAAGUGAUUAUUAUCACAAUAACAAUACGAGUAAAAAGCCUAGUGAAUACGGUCACAGUGAAAAUCGGGUUAGUGAUAGACAAAACAAUCAUUCGUUCGGUCGGGACUCGGAAAGUCCUGAACUUCAGACGCGAAGUAGCCCGGUCGAUAGUUCGCGGUCGUAUCCAAGUCAGAAAAGUGACGGUUAUCACAGUCCGCAUCAGGACAGCAUAGGAUCGCGUAGUCCAGAAAAUUUGUCCGGUAAACAGAAGUCAUCGACAAUACCCGACAUGUUGGAUCAUCAUAAGUUGCCUUUGAGUUUUUUGGGACCACCGUUGGCUGCUUUACAUUCAAUGACUGAAAUGAAAUCGGGUGGUCAUCAGCAGACCAAUCCCGGUGGACAUAAUGCACCAAAUCCGCAUGGUAUUGAUACAAUUUUGUCAAGACCGCCGCCUGUUACAUCAGCUGGAAUAAAUGCCUUAACGAAUGGUGGAAUACCGCCACGAUUUUCAAUCGCAGCUGCGGCAGCUGGUAUGGCGCAGUAUUUAUCCCAAAGUCAAAACGGUCAAUUGAAGGCCCAUUCCGGACAAUUGGUCGAUCGAUCACAUCUAUACUGGCCGGGAUUACAGGGACUGGUUACGAAUCCGAUGGCGUGGCGGGACAGAUUAACGAGUUCAAUGUCAGCCAGCUUAUCGCAGCAUUCACACAUGGAUAAAGAUGGUAAAAAGAAGCAUACGCGUCCCACAUUCAGCGGACAGCAAAUAUUCGCAUUAGAAAAGACAUUCGAACAAACUAAAUAUCUGGCUGGUCCAGAACGAGCCAAGCUCGCCUACGCUUUAGGAAUGACUGAAUCACAAGUUAAGGUAUGGUUUCAAAAUCGUCGAACGAAAUGGCGAAAAAAGCAUGCCGCUGAAAUGGCUACGGCGAAAAGGAAGCAGGAAGAACUGGGAGAUGGUGAAGGUGAUUGUAGCGAAGCUAUUGACAGUGAUUCGGAAAGUUUAGAUUUAGGUGAUAAUAAUUCGAGGAAAAGAUGUCGAAUGGACGAUGAUAUGCGACACUAAUGUCUGGUGACUGUUUUUCUUCUCGCUGGAGCGAUCCGAUGGAUUUGUAAAUAAUUUUUAAAUUUUUGUAUAUCGUUUUUGGGAGGUGGACGUCAGGGCAAUGUGAAGUUGUGUUUUUCGGUUCAAAACCGAGAACAAAUUGCAGUCGCGUCUUUUUUUUUUCUAAAAAAAAAUAAUUUUUGAAUGAGAGGAGUUGAUGCUUGUACAUUUUGUGGUCACAUUGGAUUGUAGAAAUGUUGUUCCGAAUGAAUUUUGAAAUAUUUGUAACUGUAAAUUCACAGAAUCGGUGAACUGGUGGAAAUAAUUUUUUUGUUUACGUAAAAUAUAGACAGUACUUCUGGCCACGUCGGACUAGUGAUUGUAGAAGAGCCACUUUUAUGGCAAAAUAUAAUUCAAAUAAGCAACCAUCAAACGAUAGACGUUAUUGAUUUGUUUUGAUUUUUGGUAGACCUUGUCAAGAUGUUGAUUUGUAAUAACAACGAGUUCCACAUUACAAUGUUCUGUUUGUUUUAUGGAAACAUUCCCGAAACAACAAAAUGUCUUCAAAGGAAGGUUUUUCUCAUCAGUUGAUAAAUUAGUCUGUCAAUCGAUUCGUUGCAAUAGCAGAUAUGGUAGCGAUUAUGGCAAGGUAGAUAAACUUAACGAGUAAGAGGAACGCAACUUCUCAGUUGGGGUUUUACAAACUGCCAAGUUUUCAUUUCCAUUUGUGUGUUAUUUCUUUGUGGUCGAUAAAGCUAAUAGCUGCGAGAAAUCGCUCAUGAUUCGUGAUCUAUUAUCACUACCCAAAUCUCUAUAGAUUGACCUACGAAUGGAAAACUCAGACAGAUAUGUCAUCAAAGUCGUUAUAGUCCUGACAAAAUUUAGUGAAAUUACCGCUCAGCCUACAGUGACCUUUCGUAGAAAAUGAGUUAAAAGAUUCGCUAAGAAAAAUGGCUGAGAUCUCUGACUCUGACAAACAGAGUCGCUGACUUUUCUAACCCAGCGAGUGAAGCUGUAAAGAGAUGCAUUUGAGAUUCCUGUGAAAGAUACACCUUGAUGUAAAAUUUAGAUCUCUUGCCAAUUUGCUUCUCAUCAUAUUCACAGAACUUAGCGAAAGUGAAAGAAUUUUAAGAAAUCAAUUCUCUUCAAGCUAGAAUUGGUUAUUUUGAUAAAAUAAAUGGCUCUCAUUUAACACCCAAAAUCACCUAGUCUCUUAGUGUUUCAGGGAAUAGACAUAGAGUUUCUGAAUAUCCUCUCUGGUUAAUUUUGAACAAGUACGUCGCAAUAUGGCAAAGAUGAAAAAAGGGAGAAUGGGAGAAACGAAAACGAAUUUAUUUUUGAAUUAAGAAGUGAGAAGAAACGUAUUUUUUGAACGAAGAAAAUACGGUGUGUGAUUUAGUAAAAAAGAAAAAAUGAAAAAUUAAUUUAUGAAACCAACAAACAAUUGCAAUGGAUGAAUGUGUUGUGAGAUAAUUUUGUAAAGAAAAGAAUAUGGAAAGUAAAUAAAUUUAACGGAUAAAAAGAAAGAAAUUGAGAAGUUUAAUAUAUUGAAAAGAAAAUUAAAAAAAACAAAAACUAAAGAUAAAUGGAAAAGAAGAACAUUUAGAGCGAUGUAUGAUGCUCUGGAUAUAUAGCCUACAUUCGGGCGUAUUUUAUUGUAUUUUUGAUGAUUUCUUUUGACAAAAAUCCUUUUUCAAAAAGUUAAUACAGCAUGCCCGACCAUAGUUGUGUAGGCUUUUAAUAAAAAAAAAAAAAGAAAAAAAAAAAAGAAAUUGAGUUUCGAACCUGAAACCACUGGCAACUGAAUCGUGUAGUGGAAAGCAAACGAAUUAACAAUUACGCUAUUGAGUUCUUGAUGAGUUGAUCAAUUAACUACCACUAAUUCUUGUGAUUAUUGAAAGCAAACACAUUUGUGACUGGGAUUGCUAUUUUACAUAUUUAAAAAGGAUUUGUGUAAAAACAUACCAUCCAAACUACAAUGAAAUACGCCUGAAUGUAGCCUAAAGAUUCAGCAUAACAUCAGAUGCUCCUAAAAAUAACAAAACAAUUUAGAAAGUUUAAUUUAACAAAAAAAAAUGUAAAAUUGGAUCUCUGUAAGACACGUAGUUAAGCAUAAAAACAUAAGUUAAAAAAGUAAAUAAAAAUUUAAAAAAAACUAAAAUUAAAGUAAAAACUAAAGAAAAUGUAGAAAUCACAUUUGUAUUUAUCAAACCGAAUUAAAAAUUAGACAAAAAACCCCCUCCCCCAUUCUUACAUUUUUUUGGGGAUUACAUUGGAGUGUCCCCAGUCAUAUUUUGUGUUACUAAUUUUUAACCGGAAAGGCACAGCGUCGGUUACGCAUGAAUGCAUUUUCCAUAAUUUUCUCUGUAAAUAAAACGUAAAAAGUCGUUUACCGCAAUUGUAUUUAAUUAAAAUUAAAAAUUGUCACCGCGUGUUUCGUCGAAUUUGAUUUUUUUUUUAGUUUAUUUUUAAUCGAAACCAGUGAUUCGAAUGACUAAUUUUCAAGCAAAUUCUUUUGAGUAAGUCAUCGUUCGUUUUUUUUUGUCAUUGUAUGUAUACAAAUUGUCCUAUGUAUCGGUGUAUCCGUUUUUUGAACAUAAUUAUUAUAUUUUAUUAAAUUCAUUAAAUUAUUAUAAAGAAAGAAAACAAAAAUGGAAAGAAAAACUAUAUAUUA